CGUCACUCCACCCCCGACCUGCGCACCAGCACCAUCGCUAUACUACAAAUCAGAGCUAUUAAAGCUGCAUCGUUCGCUACCCACACUCGCCGCCAGACUCUUCCACCAUGGCAGACGCGCUGGAAAAAAACCCGCGCAUCGACCCCGCCAUCGACGCCACUGGGGAGACGCACGACGCGGAAAACAAGGACAAGCCACGCGAUAGCAAAGGCUGGGACGGAAAGCUGCGCGUCGAAAAGAACGUACUGGUAAAUGGAAGAGACCAGGACGCCGACAGCGACGCCGAAGAUGUGUCUGAAGACGAGGGGCCGCCGCCGGAGCAGCUGCCGGCUGACGAGGAUUUGCUGGAAGACUACCCAGAAGACGAAGAGGAGAUCGAGCUGGUGCACUUGAGGAUAUCCGACAUGGCUGCGUUGCGGUUGGAGAGGUUCAAGAAGCUCAAGCGCCUCGGUCUUCGCCAGAACCAGAUCACCAGCGUAGAGUUACCCGACGAUAUCGCUCCGCAACUGCAAGACCUCGAUUUCUAUGACAACCUAAUCUCGCAUGUCAAGGGCUUCGACGCCUGCUCCGAGCUUGUGCUGCUGGACUUGUCCUUCAACAAGAUCAAGCACAUAAAGCGCAUAAACCACCUCACCAAGCUCAAGGAUUUGUUCUUCGUACAGAACAAGAUCAGUACAAUCGAGGGCUUGGAAGGGCUCACCAACCUCCGCCAAGUCGAGCUGGGUGCUAACAGGAUACGGGAAAUACAGAAUCUCGAGACCCUCACUGGGCUAGAGCAGCUAUGGCUCGGCAAGAACAAGAUUACCGAGCUCAAAGGGCUCGAUACCCUGACCAACCUCAAGAUUCUGUCGAUCCAAUCAAAUCGUCUGACGUCCCUCGCCGGCCUCUCCGGCCUGAAAAACCUUGAAGAACUGUACAUCUCUUACAAUGCCAUCAAGGAGAUCUCGCACCUCGAAGAGAACACCAAUCUGCACGUUAUCGAUGUCAGCUCCAACCCGAUACAACACCUGCAAGGCUUGGAAAACCUUAAGCACUUGCAAGAGUUCUGGGCGAGCAAUUGCCAGUUGAGUGACUUCAACGAGGUUGAAAAACAGCUUGGCGACAAGGAAGAGCUAGAGACAGUAUAUUUCGAAGGCAACCCUCUACAGAAGUCGCAGCCCGUCCUUUAUCGGAACAAGGUGCGACUGGCGUUGCCAAAGAUCAAACAGAUUGAUGCCACAUACCUAUAAUCGACGAAUAUGUAGGAGGACUGCAUGGAAACGAAUGUCAAGUUAUAUCUCAGACGGAGCAAGAAAUGGAACCGUCAACGCUACUGUCAUAUGAACCGCGGACACAAAGUGUGUUGGAACUAUGCAGUUACCAAGAGCUGAGACUUUGCUCGCAGUUGGAAUAAGAAGGUUAGUAAAGUUGAUCAAGGCUCGCCGUCGUGGUCGCGACCGCCUAAUCCGCAUGGUCUUUCAAGGGCCCGCUCCGAAUACUGUAAGAGCUAGCGGCGCAAAAAACAGCAGCGAUGCGCUCACAGUGCGUCGAUGUGCACAGGCUUUGAGGCAAGAAUAGACGGCAGGUGGGAACUUGCAGUUGCACAAGUUCCUGAUGGGACUGUUAAGCAUGACGAGCACACACGAGCGAAGCUUCCAUGCCAGCAUCUCUAGAUACCCGUCCAUAGCGAGCGUCUCAAUGACAUGAAUGGGUU